AUGCAACGAAUUUUGGUUGUCGUUGCUGUAGCAAUUUGCUACGUGUGUGCUGUUGUACAGGGUGAAGGAUGCGAUCCUUGUGACGGGUUUGAAUGUCCAGAAGGACAAGAAUGUCAAAAAAAUGUAAUUCGUUGCAUUAAGGCCCCUUGUCCAGAGAAACCAGGAUGUGUACCCAUUAAAGCAAUUUUACCGCAUCCAGUCGACCCUUGUUGGAAUGUAAAAUGCGAGAAAGACGAGGUUUGCAAAGUACGUCAAGUUUGGUGCAUCAAAGCCCCCUGUCCACCCAUAGCGGUAUGCGAAAAAAAAUUAUGUAAAUACGGAGAUCCAGCUCUUAUAGAGUAUACAGGUCAGCCGAUUACUUGUGGAAAAAAAGGAGAUUUAGGAUGUCCCAACCCAUAUAAAUGUAAAUUGAGUUUGGCUGGUGAUCAUCAAAAAAUAUGUUGUCCACCAAAAGAUAUCGACCCUUGUCUGAAUGUAACAUGCGAGAAAGACGAGAUUUGUAAACUUCGUACAGUUUUCUGCAUAGUAGGUCCUUGUCCACCAAUAGCGGUAUGCGAAAAAAAAUUAUGCGAAUACGGAGAGCCAGCUGUAAUAGGCUAUGCAAGUCAACCAAUUUAUUGCGGAAGAGAAGGCGAUCCAGAAUGUCCCAGUCCUUAUGAAUGUCAAUCGAGUUUGGGUAGUGAGCCUCGAAACUUAUGUUGUCCACCCAAAGAUAAUAAUACAACUGAGUGUCCCCUAGUAAAGUGCGUACCAUGCGAUAGCGGUUACUACAAAUUUGAUAAAAAUGGAUGUCAGACAUGCGUAUGUGAUGUGGAUCCAUGUACGAAAAUCACAUGUAAAGACGAUAAAAUUUGUAAAGUACAAGACGUGCAGUGUAUCCGAGCACCUUGUCCACCAAUUGCAACAUGCGUUUUCAACUGUCCACAGGUGCGAUGCUCCAAUCCUUGUACACACUUCAAACAAGAUAAAAAUGGCUGCAUGACUUGUCAAUGCGCCGAUGAUCCUUGUGAAACUCACCAAUGCAAAGAAGGCCAAACUUGCAAAGUAUUGGAAAGUUUUCCGCCUAAACCUAUUUGUGUAGAUUGUCCAAAAAAAAAUUGCCUGGAACACUGCCAAUUCUACAAAUAUGGUGAAGAUGGUUGUCGUACUUGCGAAUGUGACAAUCCAUGCAUAUAUGCAAAAUGCUCAAGAGGAUUCAAAUGUAUUGCAGAGCAACCGCUUUGUAAGAAAGCACCAUGUCCAGUUAUAGCUAGAUGUGUUCCUGAUCCAAAUCAAUAA